GAAUCGAAUCCAAGUCAAUUAUAGUAAUUUUCUUGCAGAUCAAAAAUGUCAACAAUGGCUGAAACUACACCAGAUGAUCCAAGCCUACUCGUAAUUUGUGUCGACUCAAAUCCAUCUCAGGGUAUUUUAAGAAGAAAUCCAGAUGCUCUAAACUCAAUAAUCAACUGUGUGACUGCAUUCGGAAAUGCUCAUUUAAUGCAUAAACCUCAGAAUAAACUGGCUGUAUUAUCGUGUCAUCAUAAUGGAAGCAAGUUCCUUUAUCCAUCGCCUGAGAAAUCUCUAGAAAUACGUCAAAUGGAUGGACAGUAUGAAUUCUUUACUUUUGUCGAGAAAUCAAUCAAGUUCAACCUCUCAGAACUCAUCAAAAAUGCUCCAAAGAUUGUUAAUAAUGUUGAAAGUAUGCUCGCUGGAUGUCUUGCCAUGGCUUUGUGCUAUAUCGUUAGAGUCAAAAAGGCUCAGCCAAUUGGAACUAAUUUAAUCUCGAGAAUUCUGGUUGUAACUGGAAGUGAAGAUUCAGCUCAUCAGUAUAUGACAUACAUGAAUGUCUUCUUUACAGCACAAAAGGAGCGAGUUGUUCUGGAUAUCUGCACAUUAGAUAAUACUUUAGUUUUACUCCAGCAAGGAUGUGAUAUUACUGGUGGACAUUACCUUAAAGUACCUCAACUUGAUGGACUUUUACAAUACCUGCUGUGGAUUUUUCUACCAGAACCAUCCAUUCGAUCGAAAUUAGCUUUACCGCCAGCCGUUAAAGUUGAUUAUCGAGCAGCUUGCUUUUGUCAUCGUGAGCUAAUUGAUAUAGGAUUUGUCUGUUCUGUUUGUUUAAGUAUUUUCUGUAAAUUCUCACCUAUUUGUACGACAUGUUCAACUGUCUUCAAAGUUCCGGUACCAAUUAAGCCGAAAAAGAAGAAAAUUAAGACAUAAAUCUUAAGAUUUACUGAAUAAAAAACGUUUAUUGAUAUUUUUUAAGGAAUUUAAAGCACCAUUUGUAAAAAUUAAGGAAUAAUUUACAGUUUAGCUUUCAUAGUUUUGUAGAGUUCCUUCAUUUCACGUCUUAAGAUCUUGCCUGUGAUAUUCUUAGGAAUUGCGUCAAUAAAUUUUACACCACCUCGCAGCCAUUUAGGAUUGCUGGCAUUUUUAGCAACGAAAUCUUUAAUUUCUUGCUCUGUUAAGUCACUGCCUUCUUCCUUCACAAUAAAAGCGAAUGGAAGCUCGCCUGCAGCCUCGUCUGGGAUUCCAAUGACACCAGCAUCUCUAAUCUUAGCAUGAGAAGAUAAUAAACCUUCUAGCUCAGCUGGAGGAACUUGAUAUCCUUUGUACUUAAUCAAUUCCUUGAGUCUGUCAACAAUGAAGAAUUGAUAAUCCUCAUCAUAAUACCCUAAAUCCCCAGAAUGAAGCCAUCCAUCCUUGUCUAUUGUGCUACUUGUU